CACUGCCGUCAUGACCACCAAAUCCGCGUUUCUCUUUUUAUUUCCGUCCCGCUCCAACUCACGCUUGCCUGUGCUAUUUGAGUUUCCCUUUUGCUUUCAAAAGUCAGUUUCUUUCUUCCACCUCUUGGUCGUUACUUAAUCCAUGUCGUUUACUCUGCUUCCCAAACACGCAUAAAAUUGGACGGGGUUCGAGUUCAUGAUCGUGGUUCAUGCAAAAAGUGGUUAUUCCAUUAUGGUGGCGUUUUUCUGCUGAAUUGUGGACCUAUCUAGAACCAGUCUUCUGCAAGAUGAUUUCAUUGUUUACAUCAAGGGAGGUCAAACAAUGGUUCGCCAAGCUACUUUAGUUAUCAUUGGUGUUACAGUUGGCGUGGCCUUUGGAAUUUUUAUCGCUUCCCUUAUAUUUUUUGGGAUAAGGUGGUAUAAGAAGCAUGCUCGUCUUACAUAUUCUGCAAAAGAGAGUAGUUUAACCACUCUUCCAAUACGCACAAAUGGAUUAGGAACAAGCACUGACUUUAGUGCCUCUCUUACAAGUUCCAUAUCCAAUUCGAUGUCAGAAAAUCUGCAAAGAAACUCCAAUGUCUCUUGGUGGAGUCAUCAAAACAAAGAUCGAUUUUCUCCAACAUCUGGCAUUUCAAAGUACUCAUACAAAGAGAUCCAAAAGGCUACACAGAAUUUCACAACUAUUUUGGGACAAGGAUCAUUUGGCACAGUUUAUAAAGCCACAAUGCCUACAGGAGAGGUGGUAGCUGUGAAGGUGCUUGACUCUAAUUCUAAACAAGGGGAGAAAGAAUUCCAAACAGAGGUGCUUUUGCUGGGACGAUUGCAUCAUCGGAAUCUUGUGAAUUUAGUAGGAUAUUGUGUAGAUAAGGGACAGCGUAUUCUGGUUUAUGAGUUCAUGAGCCAUGGAAGCUUGUCAAACCUUUUAUACAGUGAUGUAAAGGCUUUGAGUUGGAACGAAAGGCUUCAAAUUGUUAUUGAUAUUUCACAUGGAAUUGAAUACCUUCACGAAGGAGCAGUACCACCCGUUAUACAUCGUGAUUUGAAGUCUGCCAAUAUAUUGUUAGAUCAUUCGAUGAGAGCUAAGGUUGCUGAUUUUGGGUUGUCAAAGGAAGAGGUCUUUGAUGGCCGGAAUUCAGGCCUUAAAGGUACAUACGGCUACAUGGACCCAGCAUACGUUUCCUCAAACAAGUUCACAAUGAAGAGUGACAUCUACAGUUUUGGUAUCAUCAUUUUUGAGCUCAUUACAGCCAUUCACCCUCACCAAAAUUUGAUGGAAUAUAUUAACCUUGCUGCAAUGGAACAUGAUGGCGUAGAUGAGAUACUUGACAAACAACUUGUAGGAAAAUGCAACCUUGAGGAAGUAAGGCAGCUUGCUAAAAUUGCUUAUAAAUGUUUGCACAGAUCUCCCAGGAAACGCCCUUCCAUUGGUGAGGUUUCUCAGGGUAUAUUGAGAAUAAAAGAAAGGCGCCUUGUGAAAGAAGAUACCUUGUCAUUUGCAGGCAGUAACUUCUCCAGAGCUUUGAGCCGAAUAGAGGAUCAGGUUGAAUUAAAUAGGUUAACCGCCAUGAACCUUGGAGAAACUGGAUGAACAAAAUUGCUUUUACUUGGGGAGGAGUCUCUUUUUGUACUCGUUUAGAAACAACUGAAAUGUACAGGAGAUUGAUGAAACAACUACCUCCAAUUUUUGAA